AUGUCUGAAGACGCAGGCUUUUUCAAAAAGACAUCUGAGGCAGUUGCAUCUGCUGGAGCGUCUGUUGCUGGUGCAGUAUCUGGCAGUCUCUCACUGGGUGCCAAUGCAUCUCACAAAAAGACAACUACCACCAAGACAAAAACUACGCUUCCUGCCGGCGCGGGUUAUGAACAACAGCAGCCUAUUGCAAAUGGAGUGCCAGCUCAAGUUGGUGGUGGGCAACAGAAGCGCCUGACUCAGCAGCAGGCCGAUGCUUUGUAUGAGGAGAGGAUGGAGGAGGAGUAUGCGAAGAGGGAAGGCGGUGCAUGA